UGCGCAGUUGGGCCCACAUUUCCACCAAACUAAAUCACGAACUGACAGAUCCAUGCUCCCCAUUCUCUUCAAAGUAUCUGUGCCGUCCACGUCUCACUUCAAAAAUCGAAGCCAGCGGCGAAUAGAGACCCGUGUGGCACUGACCAAAUGGACCAAAAAUAUCCAACGGCAACUAUUCAAUGCGUUUUAAUCUUUUCUAUUUAUAUCGACAGCUAUUCGCUAUUGCCUUUCGCUUUCUACUUCCCACCUUCUGUCUUUUUUCUUAUGAUUUCUACAUGCAGAUGAACAAGUAGAUACCCAGAUUUUUUUCAACUUUUGUUUUGUGCUCUCUGGCGACUGACGGCCUAUUCGGUGGAAUGAAUCAACUCACCGUCAUCAAGACCAUCAAUUCUCGCCGGAGAAGGUUAAAAAUCCGGCGGCUCAAGUACACAUGUAAAACGAAGACGUAUGUCACUAUCCCCGGCGAUCAGAAGACAGAAUCUACCGACUCUGUUCACGAAACAAAAGCGAGUGAUUGUUCGGCGGAGAUAUCGUUAUCAUUAACAUCCUCGUCAGAUAACGCUCCCUCUAAAAACGAAGUCGUUAUAUCUAGUUUCGAAGAAAAUGAAUUCAAGAAAAGCGACGAUUUGCAGGGUUUUAAGCGUGUAUCAUAUGGAUCCGUUUCGGUGAUAGGGAGGAGGAGAGAGAUGGAGGAUGCAGUGAGAGUAGAAUUAGGUUUUACGUGCAAAGGAGGCGAAAAGUACGACUUUUUUGGUGUUUAUGAUGGCCACGGUGGGGCUCGCGUGUCGGAGGCGUGCAGGGAGAGGUUGCACAGAGUGCUUGAGGAGGAGAUAGUGGAGGGUAGAGCAGGAAUGGGAAUAGAGUGGGACAAGGUGAUGGAAGGGUGUUUUCGGAGGAUGGAUGAGGAAGUAGAGAAAGAUAAGAUGAUGGGGUCCACGGCUGUGGUGGCGGUGGUCGGCAAAGAUGAGGUGGUUGUGGCCAAUUGUGGGGAUUCCAGAGCUGUGCUUUGUAGGGCUGGUGUAGCUGUGCCAUUGUCCGUUGAUCAUAAGCCUGACAGACCCGAUGAAUUGGAGAGAGUUGAAGCUGCUGGAGGAAGAAUUAUCAACUGGAACGGACACCGUGUUCUAGGAGUUCUUGCUACUUCCAGAUCUAUAGGUGAUCGGUAUCUUAAACCGUUUAUAAUAUGCAAACCUGAAGUCACCGUGAAUAAACGAACUAAAAAUGAUGAAUUCUUGAUAUUAGCCAGUGAUGGGUUGUGGGAUGUCAUUUCCAACGAAGUUGCAUGCCAGAUUGUGAGGAGAUGUUUAAGAGGGCGGAUGAGAAGGAAAUACCAAGAAGUCUUGAGUGAAGGUCGUGCAGCUGAGGCAGCAGCAGUGCUAGUGGAGCUAGCAAUUGCUCGGGGUAGCAAAGAUAACAUUAGUGUGGUAGUGGUUGAGCUGAAUAAACUUGGUAUUUCUUAUUAGAUACCUCAUCUCUGGUACCAUUAGCAAGUCUUGAAACUUACCAUCAUGAUCUUGGAAGUGAAAAAUUGAUGAUUUGGGUGUAGUCAUGAUUCAUGACUUCGUGUAAAUGGUUGAAUUGUAGAAAUUCUUUUCAGUUCUUCGUAUCCUACUUCUACGAGGGUCAUAACAAGGUUAUGGCCUUUGGUUAAGAUAUGUACGUACUUGUGGUUUUUUCCCCGCUCUCUUACAUAUUUUCAACCAUUUUUACUGGAUAAUUGUUCGUUUAUUAAUUUCGAUAUAAUUUGAUUAAUUAAUAUGCUUUGUUAUUUUUA